AUGGCUCUCAUUACCCUGCCACCGGAGCUCAAGCUAAACAUAGCUGACAGCUUGGACCCGGACUCGACUCUCAAUUUCGCCCUUACCUGCAAAGACCAUGCGACACUACUCAAAUCCUUGUUGAGACAGCAUGCACGACUACUUGCGAAAUGGAAGGUCAUCGACACGACCGAUGCUCGGUGGUACAUCAGGGAACUCAAUCUUCCACCAAGCCGGCAAUACAAUUGGAAUGCGAACGAGAGUUUGCAUGUUUCCCACCCCAAGCAUAACGUUGUGCCAUCCGAAGAAGACAAGGCCUUGUUCAUUGAGGCAGCAAGAGGCCUGCAAGAUCUGUAUCCGGGGUUCGGCGUGGAUGAAUUGGAUCUGCAAAGACGAUACUCCCAUGCCAUCAACUUUUCACCUCGCCCGUACGACACGAUUGGAUCCAUCGAAGAUCGAAUUCACGCAGGCUUUGAGGACGCCAUAAUCGCGGUCCUUCUGCACUAUCUACCUUAUCUCACGACCAUCAGUCAUUCAGAAGUCGGCAUGGAAGACUGUCUGGAACUUGUUCUAUGGCAGAUCGCGUUAGGAUACAAGAACCCGGUCAUGGCACCAAAGCUCCCCCUACAACAUCUCAAGACGGUCGCCGUGCGUUCUCCCCGGGACGAAGGAAGCAGCUCUCCUGAUUGGGCGUGUUUUUAUCUCAGUAUCCCUUCGGUAAAGACGUUUGUAGGGCAAGCAAUGGGUGGUUCGUCUAGCGAGGACGUCCUACGCACUUUAUUCCCCACAGGUGCUGCUCCGUGCUCCAACGUAGAAGAACUACUCUUCAGACGUUGUGUCUUCGAUGUGGAUGGCUUGGCAACCAUACUCGCGAACAUUCGGCAUCUGAAGAAGCUAACGUACGACGGUGGUGAUGCUCUGGUGUCCGAAUCGAGCUGGUACGAACCAAAGAAAGUCAUCCGAGCAGUCGCUACACACGCCGGCCGCUCGUUGGAAGAGCUCAUGCUCAGCGAGGAGGACACGGAUAGUGAACCUCCUGAGGAUGGCCCAGCGAUUGUUUCUCUCCGAGAGUUCCAGAAGCUCCGUGUACUCCACUGUCAAUGGCGCAUGCUUCGCCCCGACAUGGCAAAAGAGGGAGACCCUGAACAUGACGAGCCGCUAGAACAAGGCUAUUACCGAAAGGAGGAUUAUGAACAGAUUGAUGUCGACUUCGACGUAAGGACCCUUCUCCCAGAGUCCUUAGAAGAGUUUUAUAUGAACGGCGAUUUCCACGACUAUGAUGAAUGGGAGCACAUGGAAAAUACAGUCAAAGCCUCAAGCGCCUUCACGCCCCGCCUGAGUAUGGACAAGACCUGUAUUAAGAAAGGAGGUUAUUGGAGUGAUCGAAUCGGUACCGCAGAGGAACCGGAUGGAGCCUGGUCUCAUCCGCUCGGCCGCCUUUUCGAAGGCCGCUACAAAAGCAUUGCUGCUGUCGAAGAUGCGCCAUUCGCGGAGUUCAUCUCUGUGAGAGAAACCGGCCUCAAAUUCAACGUCGUCCACCCAGUCCCGGUUACGUAUCUGCGUGACCUGAACUCUCGUGAGCGCGCUGCAGUCCACAAGCACAUCACUUCUCAGCUAUUCAGCAACAGCUACAAAGACGUCGGAUUUGUCAAAGCUGCAGAAGAGACCCUGGGUCUAUUGGAGAUAGUCCAACAGGAUAUGGACCAUGAUCGCUCGACCACUGCGGACCUAACGACCACGGAUACGACCAGCAACCGGACUUACCACACGGCAAGAGAGCAUCAGGAGUCCCGAGGCAAACAUUCCUCCAUGCACGUGGAGGCUGACACCAAUGUCAUGAGCGGCUCAAGGUCAGGCGCCCUUGGGCGUAGCCGGAAUAUAAAUAAAUGGAAGAGUACCGUACCCCCUGGCUACCCUCCACCCCCCGUUAGUACGCCAAGCUCGGUCUUUCAGUCUGAGAGUGGUAGUAGAUCGCGAUCAUCUAGCUCCAGCAAGAUGCGAAAGCCAAGCAGACACACCGACUUCCUUAAGGACGCAAAGCUCGACGAGAAGACACGCGUUAUAGUCGUGGAGCACAGUGCUGCAAGCCGCGAACUGGCGCUUCAGGAAGAGCAUCUUGCCAGUCUCGAGUCGCUUGCUUUGACCGUCACCAGCUCAGCUGCGCGGCGCGAUCUAUACGGCGCCAUUCGGAAAGCUCGCAGUGCAGUCGAGAAGGUUCGCGUCCUCGAACGCAAGUGCAAGGGCGCCUUAUCAGACUCCCGGGCGCUCGUAGUGGAUGCUCUUGAGCUUGCUGAUGAUCUUUGGGAGACGUCAGAUGCGGCGGCGGAUGAAGCAUCAACAGUUUCAUCGCCGACAACGAUUUCUUCGCGGACAACCGAUUCUUCGCGGACAACUGGUACUUCCCCGAUACAGCGGAGUACAUCCACUGCCCCAUCGGAGCCUGAAUCUUUGGUACCGGCCCGGUUCGCCUAUCCCUCCGAAGUUGUAUCGUUGAAGCAGGAACUGCAAAAGAUCGACGAUAGUCUUUCUGAGUCGAUGAGGACUUUGAACAGGGUCAUCACUCGACCCAGUAACCGAGCGGGCGUCAUCAAAAGCAUAGAUCGCGCACGGGCAUGCCUUGACAAACUUCACGUCGCGCGAGAGCGCUUUUCGGGCUUGGAUGACGAGAAGAUACGUAAAUUCGGGGCUGCCACACUUGCAAUCGCGCGGACAAGGCAUCAGGAAGUAUUGCGCGUUCUAGAUGCAGCCAAACAAGAGCAAUUACGACUGGACGGUCCUACGCAAGCGAAAGGUAGUGGAGGAACACGAGACACUGAGCGUCAGCAGCCACCGCGAAUGGAAGAAGAGCUCAAUCAAACCAUUCAUCGUAUCUCUGAACUUGAGCUUGCCGACGCCAAAGAGCUGUUGCGACAGCUAAAAGACGCUCUUGAUCAGAUUGUUCCGCACAGGGUUGCUGAGGCGCACAGUGGACGCCGCCAAAUGGGUCCUAGCUUGUAUGACCAGUUUCUGCAGGCAGGUGCACCUGAGGCUUACGGGGAGCCAACGUCGUCCGUAACGGGGUUGCCGCCAUCUCGGUACCUGGAUUGGGAUGAGUACACGUGUGCACGAUAUUUUGAAAGUAGUUGGUCCUGGGAGGAUUGGGAAUAG